AUGGCCGUCGAUCCACUAGCAGCCCCCACAGAGGACCCUGCGCCGGCGCACGUCAACGGGGAGGACGAUAAUGACGAAGGAGAGGAGGACGGCGCACCAGAAGGCGCAGCCGCAGGUUGGCGCGAGGGAAAGAAGAAAAAGAAGAAGAAGAAGCCCAAGAAGAAAGCCAACAAGCCCGAGCAAAGCGACCCGCCGCGAAUCGGGCUAUCGAAAUUCUUUCCCGAUGGCACGUAUCCGGAAGGACAGAUCGAGGAGUACAAAGACGAUAACCGAUGGCGGACGACAUCCGAAGAAAAGCGUUAUGAAGAGAAGAUGAUCAUGCAGGACCCGGAGGCCAACUAUAACAACAUACGCAAGGCCGCGGAAGUUCAUCGACUGGUUCGCAAGCAUGCCAAGAAGUACAUCAAACCCGGUAUGACGAUGACGCAUAUCGCGGAGACGAUAGAGGAUGGUAUUCGGGCCCUCGUCGAAGAGAAUGGACUGGAGGCUGGUAUCGGAUUCCCAACGGGCCUCAGUCUCAAUCACUGCGCGGCUCAUUACACUCCGAACGCUGGAGAUACUAUUGUUCUUAAGCAGGGUGACGUGUUGAAGGUGGAUAUCGGUGUACAAGUCAAGGGGCGCAUAUGCGACUCGGCAUUCACGCUCAACUUCGAACCAACAUAUGACAAACUGCUUGAGGCGGUCAAAGCCGCCACGAACACAGGAAUCCGUGAAGCUGGUAUCGAUGCUCGGUUAGGCGAGAUUGGCGGGGCCAUACAGGAAACGAUGGAAUCAUACGAGGUUGAGGUGAAUGGGAAGAUUUUGCCAGUCAAAGCUAUCGAGAAUCUCAGCGGCCAUACUAUCCAUCCGUACCAAAUUCAUGGGCGCAAGUCCGUCCUCCUGGUUAAGAAUAACGAUCAGACGAAGAUGGAAGAAGGCGAUUACUUUGCGAUAGAGACCUUUGGCUCCACCGGUCGCGGCAAGGUGGUCGAACAGGGCGAAUGCUCGCAUUAUGCCAAAAUCUGGGAUGCCCCGAACGUUCAGCUACGACUCACCACGGCGCAGUCGUUGCUGAAGACGAUCAACAAGAACUUUGGAACCAUUCCGUUCUGUCGACGGUAUCUGGACAGGCUAGGAGAAAGCCGGUAUCUACUUGCGCUCAAUCAUCUGGUUCAGCAAGGGGUGGUCAAUUCAUACCCUCCCCUUUGUGACGCUCCCGGAAGCAUGACCGCCCAAUUUGAACACACCAUCUUGCUGCGGCCGACCGUGAAGGAGGUGGUCAGUCGGGGAGACGACUACUAAGGAACCCGUAUGAGACAACGCAAUGUACUCUCCGCUAUCAGCAAUCAACGAGAUAGGUCG